ACUUGAAUUCACAGAUAAAACUACGCCUGUUUGACCACGGAUUACUUUAGUUCCUCUGAAAGCGUGAUAUAUUACUGUAUAUGAUUAUUUUCUAUACAACGCCUCGUAAAUUGUCAUCCAACUCAUUUCGAUAAGCAAAAAAGAUAAUGCCAUUAUAAUAAUGCCAUAUAAGGUCUCACAGAAUCCAGAAAACACAAAACUUCUCCCAAGAAGAACAUCAUCAUCAUCAUUUUGGUUUUUUUGAUACCCAAAAAUGGAAACUUUGAUACAGGCGCCUUACGGCGCGACCGUGCGCCUCAUGUUAUCAUCACUGGAACGUAAUCUGUUGCCGGAUGCUGUCAUUAGAAGACUCACUCGGUUGCUUUUAGCCAGCCGCCUUCGCUCCGGUUACAAGCCCACUACAGAGCAGCAGCUUUCCGACCUUAUGGAAUUCGUUCAUUCAUUGAGAGAAAUGCCAAUAGCCAUCAAUACUGAAGAUGCAAAAGCUCAGCAUUAUGAACUUCCUACCUCCUUCUUCAAGCUUGUUCUUGGAGAACAUUUUAAAUACAGCUGUUGUCUAUUUACAGACAGCUCAAAGAGUCUAGAGGAUGCUGAGAAGGAAAUGUUGGAGCUUUACUGCAAGAGGUCACAACUAGAAGAUGGUCAUACUGUUCUUGAUGUUGGUUGUGGCUGGGGAUCUCUUUCUCUCUACAUUGCGCAAAAGUUCAGAAAUUGUAAGGUUACAGGGAUAUGCAAUUCAGUAACCCAGAAAGCACACAUUGAGGAGCAGUGCCGGGCUCGCCAGUUGCAGAAUCUUGAGAUUAUUGUUGCAGACAUUAGCACGUUUGAAAUGGAAGCAUCCUAUGACCGGAUAUUUUCCAUUGAAAUGUUUGAGGUAUGGCUCUCCCAUCCUUGUUUCCAAAAAGUACAUGUUGCCUGCCGUGUCUUAUUUUGUUUCCAUUUUUUCCCUUCCCCCUUCUUUUGGUUGGAAAAGCAUAUGAAAAAUUACAGGGACCUUCUCAAAAAAAUAUCAGCAUGGAUGAAGCCAGAUGGCCUUCUUUUUGUCCAUCACUUUUGCCAUAAAACAUUCGCCUACCACUUUGAGGAUAUAAGUGAAGAUGAUUGGAUUACUAGGUACUUCUUCUCUGGAGGUACAAUGCCUUCAGCAAAUAUGCUCCUUUAUUUUCAGGAUGAUGUAUCUGUGGUCAAUCAUUGGCUUGUUAAUGGCAAACACUAUGCGCAAACAAGUGAAGAGUGGCUUAAAAGAAUGGACCAGAAGUCGAGUUCUGUUAGACCAAUAAUGGAAUCAACGUAUGGGAAGGAUUCAGCUGUAAAAUGGACGGUCUAUUGGAGAACAUUCUUCAUUGCAGUGGCAGAACUUUUUGGCUAUAACAACGGAGAAGAGUGGAUGGUCGCACACUUCCUGUUCAAGAAAAAACUCUAAUAGCUGAUGCAAGCUAAUAUUUUCUACAAAAAUACACCUUAUUUGUUCGUUUAGUUACGAUUCGCAAUAAGUCAGUUGAAAGGUUUCUUUUUUACAGUGGGCUUUCAGAGUAUGCAGUCCUCUGUAACAAUAUGAUUUUUUUAAGUGCAAGCUAAGUAACUCAAUUUGUGUGCUUUCCCGAAGGGGGAAAAAAAGAAAGAAAGUAGGGAGGACCAAGAACAAACUCAUUUUGGUUAUCAACGAAGAGCAAACAAUUCGAUUUUGGUGUUAUUUCUAUUGACUAGUGUAAUCAGGCUCAUAUCCAUUUCUAUGUGAAUAAUGCCAGCAAUCUACCUUUUGUUCGGUUAUUACAAGGAUAAAUCUACCUGUAACACUUGUCCCUCACAUCCUAGUUAGAUUGACUGAGUACAAGAGUUGAAAACUAAUACAACAUAACCACUUGACGAAGCUUCAAUCGUCUGUAACCAUCUCAUAUUCAACAGCUGCUAGUAGCAUACUUCUCUGUCCACCUGCAAAAUACCAGAAUUUGAUUCAUAAAUCAAGUUACUAUUGCAGCAAUCUGCUCGGUAAUUGUAGAAUUCGUAAACUAAAAAGAUACAAGUGAUAGCCUAAAAACAGGAAUGUACUUAACCACCCAAAAAAAAGGACGAAAAACAAAGAGAAAUUCAAUUGAUCUGCAUUUACUUGACCUCUCAAAGAAACAUAAAGAGGACAGCAAAAAUAAAGAUGAAUUGGAGUACGAAAUCCAAAUUGGUUAAUGUUAAGCUCCAAAAAAGGUUCUGCCAACACUCAGCAUUUUACUAGGAAGAAAUUAGGUUUCACGCACUUAAUGUUGACUUCACGAUCAUGCCCAGUAAAAGGGAUUUUGCAUCAGAAAGGACAUACUCUCGCAGAAUCUUCAAUGCGAAUCCAGCAAUAAAAUCACAAGGAUACAUAUACAGUACAAGGAAAAACUGAAAAGUAAAAUGAAAACAACAAUGAAUUCAACAUAAUUAAGAUGGACAUGAAAGUCUGGAACUAAAAGAUUAACGAGCUAGAUCAUUGCAUUAUGAUUUCCUUAAGUGCAGCAACACAAUCUAACAGUUAUCAUUUAAAUCAUCCCCCUUUCUGGACCAUACAGACUAAAUCUAAAGAGUAUAAAAUAAGCUUCUCUAAAAUUAAACUCUUAUUUCCAGAAAAGAAAGAAAAAAUUAAACUCUCAUCAUAAACAUACUCUAAAAGGUACAUUUUUGGAAUAUUGACAUCACCAUGUGAUUGCAGAAGCGGCAAACAAACUUCUAAUAAGCAAAAUCAAAGGACGAUUUUGGCAUGAAAUGGGAUACAGAGAAAGCUAAAUCAAUAGAAAAAGGAUGAAAAAAUGGAUCAAAGAUACCCAAAAACAAAAAUGAGAUCAACAAAUCAUUUUAGUAAGAACAAGAUCGCUUUGUCCUUUUCAUUUCAGGAUAACAAAUGGUCGGCAGGAUUGCAAGCUGACCUCAAAAGAAUAGGAAAGCAUAAAGGUUUUCACUAACUAGAGAAUCUAUUCGGACAAUAUUCAAAAGAGAGGAUUAACAGAGAAACACAAAAGGGCCAUACAUACUUAAAAGGACACCAUUCUAGAUUCAGAAGGGAAUUUCAUUCUCGUAAAAGCACAAAGCAUCAAUUCCGGAAACUUUUCCAUGCCAAUGUCAACAGCAUCCAGUAUCCUACACUACUACUCAAACCAAGUAAUUUAGCAUCAAACAUCCAAUUCUUUAUGUCACCAAAAAAAAGGUGCACAUGUCAGGUUAGGAAAUCAAAAUUUAUACCUGAUGCGCAAGUACUGAUACCCACUUGUACUAUUUAUCCUACAUUUCUUGGGUGGUUUAAUAUCCAAAACACAGUGACUAAACUCUUACCACAGCUAUUUCAAAGCAAGUUAUCCAUGUUUUCAAUAGCGUGAUCUCAUCUAAUCAUAUAAUGAACCCAUAUCUUCAUCCAGCCUUGCAUAUUGGUACGAAGAUUAACUGUACUAAGAAGUUCAUGGAAGCAAAGACACAUUCAAUUCAAUGAAGAAAGGUGCCCAAUCAUAAGUACCUCAAUCUUGUAAUCUCCAUAUUAGCCAGAAACAUCAUUGGGGCUCUUAGUUUCAGCUUGAUUUGUCAAAUCCACAAUGCUAUCCGUUUCUAGGAAUCGACUCAAAUGCUUGUCAUCUAAAUGUUGCUGAAACACAAACGCACCAGAACUUUUACAACUGUAGAAAAAUUUUCACCAGAGAGUGAGUGAAUCUAACAAAAUUUGAGAGCUUACAGAUAAACAUUCCCUGUACUUCUGCCACUCAGUAGCACAAUCCUCCUUGUUCCAUUGACCUUUCAAGUACCUCUCAGAAUACCAUCUACACUACCCACAAAUUAAAACAAAACACACCAAAGAUUCAUCAAUUAAAAAAAAAAAAAAAAAAAAGGCCAAACAAGGAGAUAAAAUCCAAAAAAUAAAAAUCGGGGUUUAGGGUUUAAGGAUGAGAUAAACCCUUUGCAAUUCUCAUCUUCUCCCAAGGAAUCAAACAACAAAGAACAAAAUUCAAAGUUAGUUGGGGUUAAAUCUUUCAUUUAGAAAGGUUAGAAUCGUUCAUUACCGGUAGAAGCAUUUGUUAUAAGCAGCCCUGAGAUCAGCACAAGGUGAAGUUGGGCUCUUUUUCUCUCUCAGGAUUCCCAUAUUCGACGGUUCUGGUGAUUUCAACUAGAAUUCUAAUCACAACUUUUCUUGGAGCUGUUGUAGAAAUAAUUUCAAAUGGUCUAAUUUGACGGAUAUGUUGCCGCCUCCUUCCGGCAGUCCUUGCGGGAUUUCAGAUUUUUUGUCCGGCCGAGCCGUUCUCCCUCACUGGUGGUUUUGCCGCCUCGACGGUGUAGAGCGGAAGUCAGUUUCGAAAUAUUUUUGUUUCUUGGAGGGUAAGUUUGGAAAAAUUGUUUUAUUACUACCCGUACAUGUAAUUUGUACUCCCUCCGUCCCAUAAUUAUUGUCCAGUUUUACUAAAAUAAAAAAUUUUAUUUUUAGUCAAACUUAACUAUAUUUUACCUUAAAAAACC